AUGUUCACUCUUGGAGAGAUUCAUGAGCAUUUGCUCAUUAACGGUAUUGAUAAGUCAUACACACAUUGGAUUUUUCACGGUGAAAGUCUUGCGAAAAGUAACGAGAAACCAUCAUCAUCGACGUUUGAUGAUCAAUCCGAUGAUGAGUAUCUUAGAAUGGAGGAACUUGUUAAUGAUGCAUUUAGAAAUAUUGGAGAACAUGCUGAUACUCUUAUGGAUGAUCUUAGAAGAAAUGAAAAUUGUCAUGAAGACCUUGAUGCAGAAAGAUAUAAGGCUUUAUUUGAUGAUGCAAGACAAUCUUUGUACCCUUCCUGCCCUAGAGAACUCACAAAAUUAUCGGUUACUGUUGAGUUGUAUAGUUUAAAGGCACGUAAUGGUUGGUCGGAUAACAGCUUUAAUGAUCUUCUUCAAUUGGUUAAGAAGUUGUUAUCAGUAGAAAACACGUUGCCACUUAAUGGAGUGACAACAUAUGAUUCUCAUUUAAAGACAAUUUUUAAUUUGAAAGCCAUUUUAAUGUGGGGAAUUCAUGAUUUUCCUGCAUAUGGGAGUUUAUCAGGAUGUGUUACACAUGCACAAUAUGCUUGCCCUGUUUGUGCCGAGGGAACCAUCGCUGAACGACUUAAGAGUGGCAAGAAGUACUCCUAUCAGGGUCAUCGAAGAUUUCUUCCUAUUAAUCAUGUUUUUAGGACUCAAAAAGCGGCAUUCAAUAAUAAAGUGGAAGAAGGAAGACCUUCUCAUCGAUUAAGUGGUUCAGAGGUUGAAGCGAAGGUAAUCGGUAUUCAGAUGGAUAUCGGUAAAUCGAAGGGGAAGAAACGAAAAAGUUAUGGUGAUGAUUCGACUGGGAAUAUAACUGCUUGGUACAAAAGAUCUAUCCUAUUCGACUUGCCAUAUUGGAAGGAGUUACCAGUUCGGCAUAACUUGGAUGUAAUGCAUGUUAUAAAGAAUGUUGGUGACCAUCUUCUGUUGACGAUUCUAGAAGUCAAAGAUAAAGCUAAGGAUGAUAUAAGUGCAUGCGAAGAUUUGAAAAAAAUGAACAUAAUGAAAGACUUAUGGCUGAAAGAAGCGGAUGGCAAAACUAUUAAACCAAAGGCACCAUUUACUUUAAGUCGCAAGGAGAAAGAAUUGUUCUGCCAAACAUUGCAUGACUUGAAAGUUCCAACAAGGCAUAGUUCCAGAUUCAAACAUCUUGUGAACUUACAAACUCUUGAGAUAAAGGACUAA